AUGGCCAGCUCGGAUGACCAGACCGAGCCGCUGCUGGCAUCUCAACCUGCUGCUGCUCGACAGAAUUCCCACAUGGAACCUUUGCUGGGGAAACCAGGUGACGCAGUCUUACCACAGGGAGCAUCCGUCAUGAGGGGCUUCUUCAUAGGAACCGGCAUCCUCGCCCAGCUGGGCUCCGUCCUCCUGUGCAUCAACAUCUGGGCGCAUAUAUUCCUCCGGCCAGUCAUAUUGUUCUCCGGACAUCCCCUUGCCAUGUCCAUUGGCAUCUUCAGCCUCGUCCAGGCCAUUCUGAGCCUGCAGCCCACCGUCACGCCUGCGCAGAAGUGCCUCGGGCAGCGCAUCCAUGCCAGCCUCAACAUCUUCGCCCUUGUCAGCUUCCUCGCCGGCGUCGUCUUCAUCCAAGUCAACAAGUCGCUCUACAAUCUGCCCCAUUUCCACUCCGCGCACUCUGUUCUCGGCGGGCUCACCUUGCUCGUCAUGAUGGCUCAGUACAUUGUCGGGUUCACCAUGCUCUUCACCCCCCGACUGUACGGAAGUGUCGACCGGGCCAAGAGGCUGUACAUUUACCAUCGGUAUGCGGGGUACUUGAUCCUGGUGCUGCUGCUGACGACGGUCUGCAUGGCCAUGCUCACGGAUUACAACCUGCAUGUUCUCAACAUCAACGUCUGGGGCGUCAUGCUGGCCAAUCUGGUUAUUUUGGCGGGCGUCAUCUCGCGCAUUCAGAAGCACAAGAUGGGAUAUGGGGCCUAG